UAGCCGGAAGUGUCUCUAUGGUAACAGCAGGCGGAUCGGGUUGGGCCGGAGGGGUUAAGCCAGCGCCUGCCCCGGAGCCGGCUGGCCAAAGUAAAAAUGCUGCUUUGACUGAAUCCUGUUCAAAAGCUGUGAUCAUUGAAGGUGUGGGAUGGCUCUACAUGGCCUCAGCAGGGCCAGAAGCCUAUAGCCUAAGCCUCAAAAAAAGAAACCAGUUCCAGGUGGGCAUUUCACCAGGGCUGUCAGUGCCACCACUCACAACAAAGCUUCACAAGAGCAAGUCUUGGUACCUUGCUAGGCAGCAGGUGAAGCCUGUUUGGCAACUGGAACAAAAUCAUGUGACCACUUUGCAAGACAAAUGCUCAGUCCACUCAGGGAUCUCUUCCCAGCAUCCCCUCUUAUAUCCAGAGCCAUUAUGUAGUGAGGCAGUGCUCCUGAGCCCGCCUACAGCUCAGUCCCAUUCUCUCCCAAACUUCCUUGGGAGCACCCUGCUUUAUCGACGGUCUUACUUUAGACAUAAGCCCUAUCGGAGACUUGAGUCCAUCUGCUUGCAGCCUAGUACCUUGGAGAAGAAACCGCUUCGUGCCCCACCUCCCAUCUAUCAUUCUGUCCUCAAUAAAACCAUGUCGUCUUCCACGGUGGAUCCAUUUCUUAUGCCAAGUACAGCUGGGGAGCGUUCCAAUCCAUUGUCAAAGGUUUUCCUCCUCAAUUCAGGGAAGCAAACCGCCAGUGCUUAUAGACCAGUCCUAAACAAUAACUCUUUCCUGAGGCCAGCUAGUGCAAAAGUGCCUUUGCAGCAGCAGCAGCAGCAACAGCAGCAGCAACCGCUAACACCAGAAAGUAAGAAGCUGAAAGGAUUGUCAAGAUCUCCAGGAUUUUCUUGGACCCAUUCUGGGGGGAAUGGGGAUGGUUGUCCUGUGAAUCUUGAAAAGAAGCUUGGAAAAAACAGCAGUUCCACUUUUGAGCAACCGUGCCAAUCUCCUCGCUCACCUGUACACAACGGCAUGGUUCUUAAAUCAGAACGGUCACUGUCCCUUGAGGAUGGCGAGACUAGAUCACAGAAUCUGAAAGAACAAGAUGCGCGGUUGACAGAAGCCAUGAGGAAACUAACAGCAAGCGGUAUCCGGAAAGUUAGUACUUAUAGUGAGUUUGGUCACCGCAUUGAUAGCUCUUGCCUUAUGAACGCCAGCUUCCAUGCCAAUCUGUUCAAUCGGUGGAAACCACAUAUUGUAGCCCAGAUCACCCCGAAGGAAGUGCCAGUUCCCAGCUCCCUGAAUUUAGAACCUGGUAGCCGCCAUCACAGCCUUAUAAGCACAGAAGUUGCCGAUGUCUGCACUAAGCGUAUGGACACGCGUAUCCUCACCUCAAAUUCCGAAAUGCCCAACCAUAGCCUCUUGAAUCAAUUGGUCGCUCCCCCUGUGAAUAUCACAGAACAGGUGAUGACAGCAGAGAUGUCCCCACGAAUGGCAGUCUCUGAGGUAGAGACAAAAAUUUCCACUCUUCAGCUAAACAUGGAAGCAAAGUGGGGGCAGUCUACUACUCUGAAAGAGUCUGAAGCUGUAGUCAAUCUUCCCCUGCUAGAUCAAGCAGAAGUAGAAGAUGCGGAAGAAGAACUUCCGGAUGGCUUGGAAGAUAUUUGCAGUCAGGAUGAGGAAGGAGAAGAGGAAGAUGGGGAAGGUGAAUCAGAUGGUUCCUCAUCAUCCAGCUUAUCCGCCAGUGGUUCUGUUGCUCUCAUAUCUAGGACCUGUGUUGAGGGAUUAGUGCCUCCACUUGAGGGUCAAGAGCGAAUUGUCAAGCCAGCUCUUACACACAGCCUCUUCCCCAAUGUGUCUUCCACCAUCUAUUUUGGAACCCAGGAUGAGAGAGUGGAGAAGCUUCCUUGGGAACAGAGGAAGAUGCUGCGAUGGAAAAUGAGUACAGUGACUCCAAACAUUGUGAAGCAAACCAUUGCCAGAUCCCACUUCAAAAUCAGCAGAAGAAAUAAUGACUGGCUGGGCUGCUGGGGCCAUCAUAUGAAAUCACCUGGCUUCAGAAUUGUCAAAGAACACCAGAAGUUGAACCACUUUCCUGGCUCAUUCCAAAUUGGUCGGAAAGACCGUCUGUGGAGAAAUGUGUCCAAAAUGCAACUGCGCUUUGGGAAAAAGGAGUUCAACUUUCUGCCCCAAUCUUUCAUCCUCCCACAAGAUAUCAAGCUUCUCAGGAAAGCUUGGGAAGAUUGUGCGGGUCGUCAGAAGUGGAUUGUGAAGCCGCCAGCUUCUGCUAGAGGCAUUGGAAUACAGGUCAUCCAUAAGGAGCCAUUGCCCAAGCGUAGACCAUUGCUAGUGCAAAGAUACAUACAUAAGCCUUACCUCAUUGGUGGAAGUAAGUUUGACCUAAGGAUUUAUGUUUACGUGACCUCCUAUGAUCCCCUACGUGUUUACUUGUUCAAAGAUGGACUUGUUCGUUUUGCCAGCUGCAAGUACUCUUCUUCCAUGAAAAGUCUCAACAACAAGUACAUGCACUUAACGAAUUAUAGCAUCAACAAGAAAAACAUAGAAUACAAGUCUAAUGCAGAUGAAACUGCAUGCCAGGGCCAUAAGUGGGCACUGAAGGCACUUUGGAACUAUUUGACCCAGAAAGGAGUUGAUAGUGAAGCUAUUUGGGAGAAGAUAAAAGAUAUUGUUGUCAAAACCAUCAUCGCGUCAGAGCCCUACAUAAUCAACCUUGUGAAGAUGUAUGUGCGGCGUCCUUAUUGCUGCCAUGAGCUGUUUGGGUUUGAUGUUAUGCUGGAUGAGAACCUUAAGCCAUGGAUCCUGGAAGUCAACAUUUCCCCUAGCCUUCAUUCAAAUUCUCCUCUUGAUGUGAGCAUCAAAGGUCAAAUGGUCCGGGAUGCCCUUAACUUGGCUGGCUUUCAGUUGCCUAAUGCAGAAGAUGUGGCUUCACCUACCGGAAGUGCCAGCAGCUCCACAACCAGCUUGAACACUGUAAUGAAGGAAAAAAGCAAGCCACCUGUGGAGUUGCUGACUGCUGAGAAAGCAAAAAAAGCCUAUUACCUGACCCAGAAACUACCAGAGCAGGAAUUCUGCUCCACAAUCCUGGAGGUCCUGACUCCAGAUGAUGUCCGUGUCCUGAUAGAGACAGAGGAUGAGUACACUCGACGUGGGCAAUUUGAGCGAGUCUUCCCCUCACGGUUCUCCAUGCACUAUCUACGGUUCUUUGAGCAGCCGCGAUACUACAACAUCCUUACUACACAGUGGGAACUGAAAUAUUUCUUGAACAAAUCCAAAGGACUGGAUCUGCUCAGAAAUUGGUGUCACAAAGGUUUUCACAAUGGAACAGUAACAGAUUCUACAGUGUUGUGGACACUGCCAAGACCUCACCUGUAUUUGAAGAAUGAACUUAUAAAUGCCUUGAGCAAAGUGGACCCAGGCAGAAACAGCAAAGGCCCACGAGAUGGAGAGGAGCCAGUCCGAAACCCUGAGCCGAGUUCUUGCACUCAAAGCUUACCUCAGAUUAAGUACACAGUUGCAACUCUCAAGAAGUCUACCAUAUCUAAUGCCCUGGGCAACUCAAACGGGAUAAAGUGAGGUGGGACUGAGCAACAGGCCAACCUCCCCUCCUUUACAGUGUCAGGAGGGUGGGGUGCAUGUGACCUACCUCAGCAGAAGCUAGGAGAGCCAGUAUUGGAAACAUGGAGAGGACCUCACCUAAGGGUGCACCUGCAGAAAUAUAUAUAUUUUUUUUUUUGGAAAUGAAAUUGGGACGAAGAGGAAACACUUUACUUGAUCAAAAGGGACAAAAUAUUCUGUUUAUAGUUUUUUAUGACAAAGUAAGUUUCUAAACAUAGAAGCUUGAAAAAACUAUUUAA